CUUAACCAUGAGGGGUGGAGUUUCCACCGCUCUGAGCGCUGCCCUGUCUCUGAUAACACACACCUGAGAACACCGGCUCUGAGCAAACAGGUGUUGGUUCCUCUCAUGUCACCUGGAACUGUUCAAACAAGCAUUUUUGUUCGGAAACAGCUCAGCUAGUAAAGAACAUGUCCUCCUCCUCCAUCUGCCUCCUCCAAGAGAGACACUUCUUAUGCUUGCUGUGCAGAGACGUCUUCACCAGCCCCGUGACAAUCCCAUGUGGACACAGCUUCUGCUCCUCCUGUCUUGGACAAUACUGGACUCAGCGCCCGGUAAAGUACUGUCCCGACUGUAGGAGAGUGUUUCCCAACAGGCCUGACCUCUGUGUCAACCAUAUUUUGGCCGACAUUUCUGAGAAGUACAGGAACACUCGACCUCAGAAGCAACCGGAGGAAGAAGUGGUUUUAGAUGUUGAGCAAAUGAUUCAGGAUAGGCAGGACAAGAUAGAGAAAUUAAAAAACUCCCUGGAGCUUCAAAAGAGCUCCUACCUCCGCGAGGUGCGGGAGAGUCAAAAGGUUUUCUCUGCCCUCGUGAGCACCAUGGAGAAGACUCACAAGGCUGUUGUGUGUGCAAUUGACGAGAAACAGAGGGAGGAGGAGAAGAGAGUGGAAACGUUGGUGAAAGAGCUCAAGCUGGAGAUCAAGCAGCUGAAGAUGCAGUCCAGCGAACCCGAGCUUCAGCCUUCUGAUCAAAGUGAAGACAUGAGGGAUGUUUUAUCCCUCCCUGAGAUGAAAGACUUGUCCAAGGUUUCCAUAGAAACGGACCCUUGUGUUGGCGUUACCAGAAGAGCGUUGUCAGACAUCCUGGAGAAAAUUAAGAUGGAAGUGAAUAGACUCUCCAAAGCUGAACUCAAGAGAAUAGAGAAAUAUACAGCGGACAUCAACCUGAGUGCAAAGACAGCCCACCCCUUCCUGUUUGUCUCAGAUGACAGAAAACAGGUUCGGCACACUGGCAAGCUCCAGGAAGUUCCUGAUAAUCCCAGACGCUUCGACCGUGUGGCCAACGUGCUGGCCAAGGAAAGCUUCAGCAGUGGGAGAUGCUACUGGGAGGUGGAAGUCGGGGAAAAGGUGGAAUGGACCCUGGGUGUUGCCAGACAGUCCAUAAACCGAAAGGGCAAGUUCACUGUCUGCCCUGCUAACGGUUUCUGGACGUUGAGCCUGAAGGCCGGGGGCCAGUACGUUACCAACACCUCUCCGGUCUCCUUUGUGGCUCUGGAGCACCGGCCCAGAAAGGUGGGGGUGUUUGUUGAUUACCCUGAAGGACGCGUGUCCUUCUACUGCACAGAAUCUGGAGCCCACAUUCACACUUUCACAGAUAAAUUCAACGACAGGAUCCAUCCUUUCUUCAGUCCCGGCCGGCUGCACGGUGGCAGGAACGCCGCUCCACUAAUGAUAUCAUCCAGCUUUUGUAGCAUCUGACCUUGUGUGUUUUGUAUGUUUUUUCUUUGUAUUUAUCUUUUUAGAAUAAUUUAUUUACCAAAUAAAAUGUGUUAGCCCAUCUUUAA